CCUCCACAUCGUCGGACUCCACCACAGCUGCCUCAUCUCUGCCAUGUCUGGCCUGUAAGCGGCCUCCACCAUAGCCGCCUCCUCUCUGCUGACGCCUCUUCUCUGCCGACGACUGAUUUGUGAGCGGCCUCCACUACAGCCGCUUCCUCUCUACCUAUCCGGAACCCUAUUUCUCCGACUAGGGUUUUUGACAAGUGAUGGGGCUCCUCAGCAUCAUUCGGAAGAUCAAGCGUAAGGAAAAAGAAAUGCGCAUUCUUAUGGUGGGGCUCGACAAUUCCGGGAAAACAACAAUAGUAUUGAAAAUCAACGGUGAAGAUACCAGUGUUAUUAGUCCUACCCUUGGAUUCAACAUCAAAACCAUGACCUACGAUAAGUACACCCUUAACAUAUGGGAUGUUGGGGGUCAAAAGACGAUACGAUCUUACUGGAGAAACUACUUUGAGCAAACUGAUGGAUUAGUAUGGGUUGUUGACAGUUCAGAUCUUCGAAGACUGGAUGACUGUAAAUUUGAGCUGGAUAAUCUAUUAAAGGAAGAGAGGCUAUCAGGAGCUUCACUACUCGUUUUUGCUAACAAGCAGGAUAUACAAGGCGCUCUUUCACCGGAGGAAAUAGCUAAAGUAUUGAAUUUGGAUGCGAUGGAUAAAAGCCGACAUUGGAGGAUUGUAGGUUGCAGCGCAUACACGGGAGAGGGGUUGCUUGAGGGAUUUGAUUGGUUGGUUCAAGAUAUUGCGUCGCGUAUUUAUGUUCUUGAUUAGUUGGAAAACAUUCUGUUAUACUUCCAUUGCAAAAGUUCAUCUUUGAUACAAAGAAGAGUUUUUACAACUUUUAAAUCAAAUAUUACGUGCAAGUCAAUGAUCUUUAGCUUUGCCAAAAUGUGUGAUGCAAUCUGAAAUAUUAUUGAA